AUGAUCGUUGGAGAUUUCAACCUUCUCCGCUGCCCCACCGACAAAAACACACCCAAUUUCGACCUCUCCCUCGCUAACGCUUUCAACGACUCCAUCCGCUCGCUGGCUCUUUUUGAGCUGCCUCUGCUUGAUCGUUUGUACACUUGGUCGAACAAACGUGAGACGCCUACCCUCGCCCGCCUCGACCGAGCCCUUUUCAAUCAAGCAUGGAAUUUGGCUCUCCCCAACUCCUCCCUCUCCUCCCUCCCUCGUCCCACCUCUGACCAUUUUCCCCUCCUCGUCACUGCCUCCACUAAAAUUCCCCGGGCGGCUUGCUUUCGGUUCGAGAAUUCUUGGCUGAAAAACCCCCUUUUUCUCCCCUCUACUCUUCCUGCCUGGGACAGUCCUCUGACCAUCGCUAACGCUGCUGGAGAUCUCGCUGCUCGCCUCAAGUCUUUCCGCAACACUGCGAAGGUCUGGAAACGCACCCACCACUUCAACCCCAAAUUCCAAAAUAAUUGCUCUUUUGUCAUCGAUUUACUUGAUCUUUUUGAAGAGACUCGGCCACUUUCGGCGGAGGAGCUUGCUUUGCGUGUGUCAUGCAGGGAAACUUUAGAGCGGCUGAUCCUGGAGCGCGCUGCCCAUUGGAAGCAGCGCGGGAAAUUUCGUGCCAUUGUGGAGGGCGACGAAAACACCCGAUUCUUUCAUGCCCGUGCGUCGCAACGGAUGCGUCGCAAUUCCAUCCGCUCGCUGGACAUUGACGGAGCGGUCGUUGUAUCCCACGAGGCAAAAGCGGCUGCUCUCCACUCCUUCUACGGCGAACUCCUCGGCUGCACCACCGACGCGGUCUGGGAGUUUGAUGUCGACGAACUCUACGCCAACAGCUGUGCCGUGGACGGGGGCGCCCUUGUUGGGACCUUUUCGGCCCAUGAAGUGGAGUCUGCCCUGCACUCCCUCGACUGCUCCAGCGCCGCUGGCCCAGACGGUUUUGGGCCGUCCUUCUACCGUGCGGCAUGGGCCACGAACUUCAACAUCAAGACGCUGUGCAAAGCCCUCACCGUACGGCUGCAGCGCCAGAUCGGGCGGUUGAUCGACGUCGACCAAACUGGCUUUCUCGCUGGUCGGAGCAUCUCCGAGACCUUUGUUUAUGCGAGGGAGCUUGUGCAAACCUGCUUCCGCCGCCGCGCGCCCUGUGUCGUCCUCAAGCUCGACUUCGCCAAAGCUUUCGACUCGGUCAAUUGGGCAAGCCUGCGCAAGGUGAUGCUUGCCCGGGGCUUCCCCAAGCUGUGGUGUGAUUGGAUGGACGACCUCUUCACCUCCUCCCGCUCUGCUGUCCUGCUCAAUGGCAUCCCCGACAAAUGGAUCAAGCUCAUGCGUGGGCUCCGGCAGGGGGAUCCGCUGUCGCCGUACCUGUUCCUGCUCGUGGCCGACGUGCUGCAGCGGCUGGUGCAGCGCGAUGGCGCGCUCCAGCACCCCAUCGUCGACGGCGCCCCCUACCCCAUCCUCCAAUAUGCGGACGACACGCUCAUCAUCCUCCGUGCGGACGCCGCCACGGCUCGUCGUCUUCGGCUGCUGCUCGAACAAUUUGGAGCGGCGACGGGGCUUCGCAUCAACUUUCAGAAAAGCACGCUGGUGCCCAUGCAUGUUCCUCCUCCGCUGCUGGCCGAGAUCCAAGGUGUGCUCCAAUGUCGCGUGGAGGGCUUUCCGCAGACGUACCUUGGCCUGCCUCUCUCCGCUGAGAAACUGCGGCUCGCGGCCUUCUCGCCGCUCAUUGCAAAAGUCGACAAGUAA